UCACACAGCCACCACCAACAGAAAGAGAGAGAAAGAGAAAAGGCAACUGUCCCUUUUUUUUUUCUUUCUUUUUUAGAGAGAGAAACACGAGGAUAAUCUUAGAGAGAGAACAAAGAGUACUUACUAAUAAAAAUGGCACUUUACAUCGAUGAGGAGGAGGUCUGGAAAUGUCCAAAACACCCGUCAAGACGCCGUCGUACAGGAAUCUGUCAUGUCUGUCUCCGUGAACGGCUCUCAUCUCUCUGCCCAGACUGCGCUAGCGUACGCCCAUGUGGGUGCUACGCCACCACAACGUCUUCCUCCAAUUCAUCUUCUGCCUCUUUCUCUAGAAUCGGAACUGUCGCUCGCGUGUCUAAUCUGAUCGACAGCGAGCCUGCGUUCCGACGGUCUAGAUCAGUUGCAGUUCCGUUUUUUCGAUCAAAGCCAUCAGUUGACCAUGAUCAUUCUCCACGUAAAGACAGUCCGAAGACGGCAUCGUUUUGGUCGCGGUUUAAAAGCGGUAGCAGAAGCAAGAGAGAUGUGGGGUUAAACGUUGCUGCUGCUGUCGUGGAGCAAGGAGAUAAUAAUGAUCACAAUGAUAAUAGUGAAGAGCAGAGGAGGAAGGUGAUGAUGAGGAAAUCAAGGUCAGUGGCUGUGGACGUAAAAUCAUCUUCAAAAGGAAAGGGCUGGUAUUUUCCGAGUCCGAUCAAAGCUUUCAGGCAAUCUAUUUCAAGAGGAGUAAUGGUGCAAGAAAGGUCGCCUUUGUAUAGAGGUUGAAUCUUAAUUGUAUAUAUUAAUUUAAUUUAAUUUAGUUUAAUUAACCCCAUAAAUCAUACAACAAUAGUUCUUUUUUAAUUCUCUUUCUUGAAACUAGAAUGCUUGAAAACAUACCAAAUACUAUGAAUGUCUCUUAUUUGAUGUGUUAUGUUUAUUUGGAAAUUGGAAUGAAAUUAGAAAUUGGUGAUAUGCCAAUUGCCCAGAGUUGGCUAUGUUAUGUGAUAA